AUACCUUAGAGCGUGUCUAAAGAUGAAGCAGGUUAAAGAGAAAAAACCGAAGUGAGAGCGGUUAUAGUUCCGUCGGUGUUGUAAUUGAUCCCUCCAAUCUCAAUAUUUUAUUACACAAAAUCCUAACUCUACUACAUCAAUAUUUUAGAAAAUGGUGGGAGCUAUGGCAGCUUCAACAACACUAUGUUUUUCACCAUCCACCAGAUUCGUUGUUCAUCAAAAAAAAAUCUCAAAUCCAACUCACACAUUAAGCUAUGUUCACUCUUUCUCAGCUCCCUCUCUUCACAACACCUCUAAAAAACAACCCCUUUUCUUUCCACAAGCUACUUCCUCUUCAUCUCCCGCUGUGAAUGCUGAAUACAUCGAAGAACCAGCAACAACUGUGAAAUUUCAUACAUCUUUGAGUUUCCCGGGUUGCUCAGACUCAUUAACGUUGUUCGGAGCUGGAUACAGAGAAAAAGUUUUUGCGAUUAUUGGCGUCAAGGUAUAUGCUGCAGGACUGUAUCUAAACCAGUCUAUUAUAAGUGAGUUGAAUGCUUGGAAAGGACAAUCAAAAGAUGGGAUUCAAGGGAACUCUUCCUUGUUCAAGACCAUUUUCCAAUCUCCCCUUGAGAAAUUAUUGCAAAUUAUUCUCGUUAGAGAUGUUGAUGGUAAAACUUUCUGGGACGCUUUAAGUGAUGCUAUAUCACCGAGAAUCGCGAAACCAACAACUGCAGAUGAAACUGCUUUGAACACUUUCCGUAAUGUCUUUCAAGAUCGCCCCCUUAAGAAAGGAACUUUCAUUUUUUUGACUUGGUUGAACCCUACCAAGUUGCUUGUUUCUGUCUCAUCAGAGGGAGUUCCAUCUACUGCGGAUGCUACAAUCGAAUCUUCAAAUGUGAGUUAUGCUCUUUUUGAUGUAUUCCUUGGAGAUAGUCCUGUUUCUCCCUCUUUGAAAUCUUCAGUGGCUGAAAGCUUGUCAAAAGUACUCAAGUAAAAAAGGUUUGGCGUCUCUUGAGAAAAUUUCAUGCAUCCAUGUUUUCUUCUGGUAUAUAUGUCUGUAAUCAAGCUCUAUGGUCCACCACUGUAUACCUUAUGUAUAACAGCAAGCUGUCACUUAGUUCUAGUAUUUAUUUUCUAGUUAUCUAAACUUUGUUCCAGUAUGUAUUUUCUAAUGAUCUAAAAUAUUUGAUUUGUUUGGUCAAUAAUAUACAAUUUUGAAUGCGUA